UCUCAGGCUUAUGGGACCGACUUCAGUCUUUACAUUCGUAGUCUCUGUCACAACGAUCACAACGCAACACAGCCUGUUUAGUGUUCCUAAAUUUUCCUUUUCAUUCAUUUCCUUUUCACACGUCUACACUAUUUCGAUCACUUAUCCUUAUCGCUGUAUCGAACUUUAAUUUACGGCUAACAAUUAGCUAUUUAUUUAAAAUGGUAAAUUUGGGAGACGUAUUCCCUGACUUUGAAGCUGAAACUACUCAAGGACAAGUCCAAUUUCAUGAGUGGCUUGGAGAUUCCUGGGGCCUUCUUUUUUCCCAUCCUGCUGAUUUUACACCUGUCUGUACUACAGAGCUUGGUAGAUUUGCCCAGCUUCAAGACCAAUUUGAAGAAAGAAAUGUUAAGCUGAUUGCUCUUUCAUGUGAUGGUGUUGAAUCUCACUUGAAAUGGAUAGAAGAUAUUAGAGCACAUUCCAAAGUGGACAAAUUUACUUUCCCAAUAAUUGCUGAUGAAAAAAGAGAGUUAGCUAUACAAUUUGGAAUGAUUGAUCCAGAUGAAAAAGAUGCCACUGGAAUGCCUUUGACUUGUCGUGCUGUAUUCCUUCUUGGACCUGACAAAAGACUGAAACUAUCCUUGCUCUAUCCUGCUACAACUGGCCGCAACUUUGACGAAAUUUUACGCGUGAUUGAUUCUGUGCAGCUUACGGCCAAGUAUAAAGUUGCUACUCCGGCUGACUGGAAACAUGGGACAUAUUGUAUGGUAUUGCCCACGGUUAAAGACGAGGAUUUAGCUGAACUCUUUCCCGCAGGGGUGGAACAACAAACCUUACCGUCUGGCAAAGGCUAUCUUCGUACAACACCCUGUCCUGAUCAGUGAGACAUUUUUGGUCGAACUAUAUUUUGUUGGGUGAAGCUUUCAAAAUGCUAUAUUCUUGGUUCCCUCUCAACUAUUAUCGAAGACAUUUUCUUUAUAUUCACAAAACACCAAACAAUAAAACGUUCAAUUCUCGAAA